AUGGGGUCCCUGAGGAAAAUGAGCAGCUCCUUCAAGCGUGGCUCACUCAAGAGUUCCACAUCGGGGUCCCAGAAGGGUCAGAAAGCUUGGAUAGAGAAAACGUUUUGCAAGAGAGAAUGCAUCUUUGUAAUUCCCAGUACAAAAGACCCAAACAGGUGUUGCUGUGGUCAGCUCAUUAACCAGCACAUCCCCCCACUGCCGAGCGGGGCUCCCAGCACAACCAUUGAGGAGAGCAAGCAGGUGGACACGCAGCCCGGGAAAUGGUCGGUCAGCAAACACACCCAGAGCUACCCAACAGACUCCUAUGGGAUUCUCGAGUUCCAGGGUGGGGGCUACUCCAAUAAAGCCAUGUAUAUCCGUGUUUCCUACGACACCAAGCCAGAUGCCUUGCUCCAUCUCAUGGUGAAGGAUUGGCAGCUGGAACUCCCCAAGCUUUUGAUAUCCGUGCAUGGAGGCCUGCAGAGCUUUGAGAUGCAGCCCAAGCUGAAGCAGGUUUUUGGGAAAGGCCUAAUCAAGGCUGCGAUGACCACGGGGGCCUGGAUCUUCACUGGGGGUGUGAGCACUGGUAUCGUCAGCCAUGUGGGGGAUGCCUUGAAAGACCACUCCUCCAAGUCCAGAGGCCGGCUCUGUGCUAUAGGAAUUGCUCCAUGGGGCAUGGUGGAGAACAAGGAAGACCUGGUUGGCAAAGAUGUCACAAGAGUCUACCAGACCAUGUCUAACCCUCUGAGCAAGCUCUCCGUGCUCAACAAUUCCCAUACUCACUUCAUCCUGGCUGACAAUGGCACUCUGGGCAAGUAUGGUGCUGAGGUAAAGCUUCGAAGACAACUGGAAAAGCACAUCUCACUGCAGAAGAUCAACACAAGACUGGGCCAGGGUGUGCCUGUUGUGGGCCUCAUGGUGGAAGGUGGCCCUAACGUGGUUUCUAUUGUCCUGGAAUACCUCAGAGAAGAUCCUCCUGUCCCCGUGGUGGUUUGCGACGGCAGUGGACGUGCCUCUGACAUUUUGUCCUUCGCACACAAAUACUGUGAAGAAGGAGGGUUCAUAAAUGAGUCCCUGCGGGACCAGCUCCUAGUCACAAUUCAGAAAACGUUUAAUUACAGCAAGUCACAAUCGCAUCAGCUGUUUGCAAUUAUCAUGGAGUGCAUGAAGAAGAAAGAACUUGUCACUGUGUUUCGGAUGGGGUCUGAGGGUCAGCAAGAUGUGGAGAUGGCAAUUUUAACUGCCCUGCUGAAAGGAACCAAUGCGUCGGCUCCUGAUCAGCUGAGCUUGGCACUGGCUUGGAACCGAGUUGAUAUCGCACGAAGCCAGAUCUUCAUCUUUGGCCCACACUGGCCGCCACUGGGAAGCCUUGCCCCUCCAGUGGACACCAAAGUCACAGAGAAGGAGAAGAAGCCACCGACAGCCACCACCAAGGGGAGAGGAAAGGGAAAGGGCAAGAAGAAAGGCAAAGUGAAAGAGGAAGUGGAAGAAGAAACAGACCCCCGGAAGAUCGAGCUACUGAACUGGGUGAAUGCCUUGGAACAAGCCAUGUUGGAUGCUCUUGUUUUAGAUCGAGUUGAUUUUGUGAAGCUCCUGAUUGAAAAUGGAGUGAACAUGCAACACUUCCUCACCAUCCCGAGGCUGGAGGAACUUUACAACACUAGACUGGGCCCACCAAACACCCUUCAUCUGCUGGUGAGGGACGUAAAGAAGAGCAACCUUCCCCCUGACUAUCACAUCAGCCUCAUUGACAUAGGGCUGGUGCUGGAGUAUCUCAUGGGAGGCGCCUACCGCUGCAACUACACUCGUAAAAGUUUCCGGACUCUCUACAACAACUUGUUUGGCCCUAAGAGGCCGAAAGCAUUAAAACUUCUGGGAAUGGAAGAUGAUGAACCUCCAGCCAAAGGGAAGAAGAAAAAGAAGAAGAAGAAAGAGGAAGAGAUUGAUAUCGAUGUGGACGACCCGGCCGUGAGUCGAUUCCAGUACCCGUUCCAUGAGCUCAUGGUGUGGGCCGUGCUCAUGAAGCGCCAGAAGAUGGCGGUCUUCCUGUGGCAGCGUGGCGAGGAGAGCAUGGCAAAGGCCUUGGUGGCCUGUAAGCUCUACAAAGCCAUGGCCCACGAGUCCUCUGAGAGUGAGCUGGUAGAUGACAUCUCUCAGGAUCUGGACAACAAUUCCAAAGAUUUUGGGCAGCUUGCUGUGGAGCUGUUAGACCAGUCUUACAAGCACGACGAGCAAGUGGCCAUGAAACUUCUGACCUAUGAGCUCAAAAACUGGAGUAACUCAACCUGCCUCAAACUGGCUGUGGCAGCCAAGCAUCGCGACUUCAUUGCUCACACGUGCAGCCAGAUGCUGCUGACUGACAUGUGGAUGGGAAGGCUUCGCAUGAGGAAGAACCCUGGCCUGAAGGUCAUCAUGGGGAUCCUUAUUCCACCUACCAUCCUGUUUCUGGAAUUCCGAACAUAUGAUGACCUCUCAUAUCAAACAUCCAAGGAGAAUGAGGACGGCAAAGAAAAGGAAGAGGAGAAUGUGGAUGCAAAUGCAGAUGCUGGCUCGAGGAAGGGGGAUGAGGAGAAUGAGCACAAAAAGCAGAGGAGUAUUCCCAUUGGAACAAAGAUCUGUGAAUUCUAUAAUGCACCCAUUGUCAAGUUCUGGUUUUACACAAUAUCCUACUUGGGCUACCUGCUGCUGUUUAACUAUGUCAUCCUGGUACAGAUGGAUGGAUGGCCCUCCCCUCAAGAGUGGAUUGUCAUCUCCUACAUUGUGAGCCUGGCAUUAGAGAAAAUCCGAGAGAUCCUCAUGUCGGAACCAGGCAAACUCAGCCAGAAAGUCAAAGUGUGGCUGCAGGAGUACUGGAACAUCACGGACCUCGUGGCCAUUUCUAUGUUCAUGGUCGGAGCAAUCCUUCGUCUCCAGAACCAGCCAUACAUGGGCUAUGGCCGGGUUAUCUACUGUGUGGACAUCAUCCUUUGGUACAUCCGAGUGUUAGACAUCUUUGGUGUCAACAAAUACCUUGGUCCCUACGUGAUGAUGAUUGGAAAGAUGAUGAUUGACAUGCUGUACUUUGUGGUCAUCAUGCUGGUUGUGUUGAUGAGUUUUGGAGUAGCUCGCCAAGCCAUCUUGCACCCAGAGGAGAAGCCUUCUUGGAAACUGGCCCGAAACAUCUUCUACAUGCCCUACUGGAUGAUCUAUGGAGAGGUGUUUGCAGACCAGAUAGACCUCUACGCCAUGGAAAUUAACCCUCCUUGUGGUGAAAAUCUCUAUGAUGAGGAAGGCAAGCGGCUGCCUCCCUGCAUCCCUGGCGCCUGGCUCACACCUGCCCUCAUGGCCUGUUAUCUCCUGGUAGCCAACAUCCUGCUGGUCAACCUUCUGAUCGCUGUUUUCAACAAUACCUUCUUUGAAGUCAAGUCAAUAUCCAACCAAGUGUGGAAGUUCCAGCGAUACCAACUGAUCAUGACAUUCCAUGACAGGCCGGUCCUGCCCCCACCCAUGAUCAUUUUAAGCCACAUCUAUAUCAUCAUUAUGCGCCUCAGUGGUCGCUGCAGGAAAAAAAGAGAAGGGGACCAGGAGGAGCGGGACCGUGGGCUGAAGCUGUUCCUCAGUGAGGAGGAGCUGAAGAAACUGCAUGAGUUUGAGGAGCAGUGCGUGCAGGAGCACUUCCGGGAAAAGGAAGAUGAGCAACAGUCAUCCAGCGAUGAGCGCAUCCGGGUCACAUGCGAGAGAGUUGAAAAUAUGUCAAUGAGGUUGGAGGAAAUCAAUGAAAGAGAAAAUUUCAUGAAGACAUCUCUGCAGACUGUUGACCUUCGUCUCUCUCAGCUGGAAGAGUUGUCUGGCAGGAUGGUGAGCGCUCUGGAGAAUCUGGCAGGCAUUGACAGGUCUGAUCUGAUCCAGGCUAGGUCGCGGGCAUCCUCAGAAUGCGAGGCCACCUACCUGCUGAGGCAAAGCAGCAUCAACAGUGCAGAUGGCUAUAGCAUGUACCGCUACCAUUUCAAUGGCGAGGAGCUUCUGUUUGAGGAGCCUGCUCUCUCCACGUUGUCAGGGACAGCGCUCCGGAAAAAAACCUGUUCCUUCCGUGUGAAGGAAGAGGAUGCAAAGUCGUCGCACCUGGAAGGGCCAGGAAGCCUGCACCACACCCCUGGUCCCAGCCCGCCUGCCACACCAGGCCGCAGCCGGCUUGCCCUAGAGGGCCCCAUGAGUUCAGAGUCCAGACCAGGACAGGAACCCAGCGUCUCAGCAGGUGAGCUCGACCUGCGGGCAGACAUUAAGAGCUCAGAAGCUGCACUGAAUUUGAACGCAGCAGGUGUUGCAGGCACUCAGCUGACCGUGGAAAGCACCAUGUCCCACCAGCUGCAGGAGAACAAACUUGCACGCUACUACCCAGGAGACCCCAAUGCCUACAAAACAAUGAAGUCCAGAAGCUUCGUCUAUUCUGAGGGCAGAAAACUGGUCCGGGGUCUUAGCAACUGGGGUUCCGAGUACAGUUCAAUCAUGGACCAAGCAUGGAACUUCCACUCAGCAGAAUGGAAAUGCCAGGUUCAAAGGAUCACACGCUCUCGCAGCACAGACAUCCCAUACAUUGUGUCAGAAGCAGCCAUGCAAGAUGAGCUUGAAGAUGAGCUCAGUGCUUCUGUCCUGGCUCCUCAGAUCUCCUGUUCAGCCCUCAGGGUUGCCACUGACAGAACUGAAAAGGAAAACUUACUAUCUGUGAAGCCUCACCAGACGUUAGGAUUCCCCUGUCUGCGGUCAAGAAGUUUGCAUGGCCAUCCUAGGAGUGCUCAACCCACUCCUAGCAAACUAGACAAGGCGGCACAUGCGAGCAGCACCAGCAACUUAGCAGUCAUGUUAGUUGCACCAGAGGAACAAAAUGCCGAGCAAGAGAAAAGAAACACUGAAACAGAAUGCUAACCUGUUUUCCUUCCUUAAUUAAAACCACCACAACAAAACCA